AUGUUAAUAGCCCUCAACUUCUACAGAAGAUUGCGCAGUCGAGUGCCACGAAUCGUAGGAGAGGAGAGCGAAGCUGACCGAAAGGAAAGCGGAGCUAUUUACGCCUUUGACAAAAAUCUCUUUACCAUUCCUAGAAGGAACUGGUCACAUUUUUUGACCAACUCCUUCCCAAAAAAGAGCUAUCAAAUGGAAAAGGCUUCUUCAACGAAAAGAUCAGAACCCAACAGUUCCCAUCUUUUGUGCGUUAAGCGGAAGAGUAAGCAGCAUAGCAUAUUCAUGGAUGGGAUGUCUUGGAAAGGCUUUCAGAGGCUUUAUGAAUGCUUUCUUUUGCACCUCGGCAUAGCCUUAUCUUUCAGGGAAAGCUAUCGCUGCCAUCCAAUACCCCAGAAGAGAAGGUUACGUAUUCCUCUUCUUCUGGUACUUCAGCUUCUCUUUCUACUGAUCUUAGCCCUUCUACAGAUGGAGCCUGACGGUUCUGGGCUCAUCCCUAUGCCUAAGUCAGUCCUGUCCCCGCCUAAUCACUUGAGAUGCUGGGGGAACCGGCAGCUAGAGAGAAAGAAAAAAAAGUCAGUGACGGCAGAGCUUGAAGUCACUAGAGGCAUUCUACUUCCCGGUUCUUUUACCAGCCUACGGCACCUGAGCAUCUGCACGACGUUCUCAUAUGAUCCUGUGACUGGGCUGGGCCUAGGCAGUUCGGAAGAAGGGUGGAAGGUAUCCCUUUAUGGUAGCGAGCGAGAAGAACUAGAUGGGCUUACUGGUGAAAGAACUUCAGAUUCAAUAGAAGAUGGAACUCCUUACGGAGCGGAGCCUGUAUAUUCUUGGUCUCUUUCUCUGUCUCUGUCUUAUGGUCUCGAGGGCAAUUAUCAUCGCGCCUUGUCUAGUCCCAUUCGCGGUUUUGGUGAGGCGGAAUGCUUUCGAUUCCCCAUUAUACUAGUUUUCUUUAUGGGCCAUUGGACCCCGGAUUCUCUUUCCUCGAAGUCCAUAGCAUGGUCAAGGGGUAGGUGGUUUUAUGGGGAGGUUGGUGGCUUUCGGAGGGAGUCAGUUCUAUUUCUCGAUGGGGCAGGAAAGGGAUAUAACUCAGCGGUAGAGUGUCACCUUGACGUGGUGGAAGUCAUCAGUUCGAGCCUGAUUAUCCCUAAACCCAAUAUACAUGGCUUACAUACCCGGCUCAACAUUCUUGGAAAACAAUCGAAUCGAGGAGAGCAAAGUGAGACUCUAAAAAACGAAGCGAAGCGCAGUGAAGAGAGGAGAGGUUUGGGAGCGAAGUUGAGGGCUACGCUUAGAGUGGUACUACUUAUGACUGAACUUCGCUUCGUACGAGAAAGGGUUGGGGGCAAUGAAGUAGGUGAAGUGGUUGGAUUUUGCGAGCUGUUCCAACCACUGCUGGAUGUGAUUCCAAGAGCCGAACGAGAAUGA